AUUGCCUGCGUUUGUGCUUGCCCUUGUGCUUGCGCUGCUAGUGAAACCGGGCUUAACACUCACAGUGCUUUUUCCCACUGAGGUGUAUUAAUGGACACCGGUGAAUUUAAUAAUGUGGGUAACCAUGCAAUGAAGACAUGUACUAGUACCUAAUCCAGGAUGGAGUAGAAAUACUUCUUGUUGCGUUCAGUGUUACAGAAGACGUGUUAAAAUGUGGCAUCCGUGCGAUCCUUUGGUCCUAAGUUGACUCACCAAUUUUCUUUGUCAGUUAUGAUAUGAAAGCCGUGGAAAGCUCCCUACCCCAAUUCUUCGUACCACAGGCAUUAGACUUAUUGCAUCGAAGCCUAGACAAGGCUGAUGAAGUUCUCGACCAAGUUGCUCCUAAUCUUCCCAGGUGGUUGGGUGAAACUGCAAAUGUCGCCGGAGGAGGCGCUAAAGGACUGUCAGACCGAUUUGUAUCUGGCUUUUUGUGGUUAAACAAACUCGGUUUGGCAGCUCAACAUGGUUAUAAGGUCGUUAUAAGGCAGUCAAUGUUUAGAGGAGAGUAUUCAUUGCUUGGCCAAGACUUGGAACCAAAUCCUGAUUAUUGGUUAGCAGUCCUGCAUAAAAGACUGUUUGGCACUAAAGUCCUUGGAAUAGACCGUGGCAACCAUCGUCCCGAACUGGUGAGAAUCUUUGCCCAUUGCACCAAGACUGGGUAAGAAGAUGUCGUUCUUUAAUUGUAUACAUUUAGCAUGCAGGCUUUCGAGUGCUAAAUGUUAAAUUGAAUAUCGAUCCGAGAGUCACCUGACUUUCUCAAUAGACACUUUUAGAUCCACCGCUAUGAUUCACGUGACCAAAGCCAGACGUCACGUUUGAGGUUUUCGUCUCGCGUUUUGAACGUCAAGAA